CGAGCCCUGAUAAGCCCGGCUUCCGAACGCAUAGGUUUCCGUUAGGCCCACCUCUGAAAGCGCAUUGGCCUUUAGGCUUGUUGGAGCUGCGUCUUAUUGGCUAAGAAGUGUCCGGAUUUGAGCCUGUGGCUUCCGGCAGAGAGUGAGUGUUACCGUAGCGGAUGCGAGAGUGAGGUAAAUCCGGUUUUUAAUCGUGUCCUCCGGGAAAAGAAGUCAGCGCAACCUCAAUGGUAGACACAAGUUUGUGUGAACAAGAGACUAUACAAUUCAGCGCUUUAGCAGCCAACACAAGGAACAGACCUGAACUACAUUGUUUGUUCCACCGCUGCAGCUUCCGUGUGUAGAGGGACAAGGACAACAUCCAAGUUUGCUGACAACAGAAGUGAGCAAUGAAGGACCAAGAACUGGAGAAUAUCACAGCCAAAGGGCCUUCCCCUAUCUCAUCCAGCCCCUCACUUCCUCCAGCUGCAAAUGAGAACUUGGCUACUCCUGCAGUUUGUCACCCAGCUGCUGAAGGAGAGGCAUCGCCAGGCAUUCAAUUUUCAUUUGAAGUGAAAGUGGAAGGAGCAGCUGGUAAUUCUACAACUGUAUGUGAUGUGUCCGAUGAGCUCAGUAGGCAGCUGGAAGAUAUCCUUAGUACAUAUUGUGUCGAUGACAAGCAGGAGGGAGCAGGAGACUCAGAAGAGGCAGGCAAGGGAGCCCAAGAGACACCAAAGAAUAUCGAUACUGAACUAGUAGUCCAAGAGGUUAAUGGAGAGAAGGAAGAACUUAGGGUUUUGGAGGACAGUAGAACCAUCAAUGAGACUGAAAAAGAUCAGAAAAAAGUUCAAGAUAAGAAAAAAGCAAAGGGUCUUGGGAAGGAAAUCACAUUAUUAAUGCAGACUCUGAACACGCUCAGCACCCCAGAGGAAAAACUGACUGCCCUUUGUAAGAAGUAUGCAGAACUGUUGGAGGAGCACAGAACAUCUCAGAAGCAAAUGAGGAUAAUACAGAAAAAACAGACGCAGCUUAUCCAAGAGAAGGACCAACUUCGUAAUGAGCACAGCAAGGCCAUCCUGGCAAGAAGUAAAUUGGAAAGUUUGUGCAGAGAGCUACAGAGACACAACCGUACACUAAAGGAGGAAGGAGUACAGAGGGCUCGUGAGGAGGAAGAGAAACGCAAGGAAGUAACCUCCCAUUUUCAAGUGACACUCAAUGACAUCCAGUCACAGAUGGAGCAGCACAAUGAACGUAAUGCUAAACUGCGUCAAGAGAAUGUCGAGCUUGCUGAUCGACUUAAGAAGCUUAUUGAGCAAUAUGAGCUAAGAGAAGAGCACAUUGACAAAGUUUUCAAACAUAAGGAUCUGCAACAGCAGCUGGUGGAUGCAAAGCUUCAGCAAGCACAAGAAAUGCUGAAAGAAGUAGAGGAGCGUCACCAGCGGGAAAAGGAGUUUCUCUUGAAAGAGGCAGUGGAAUCACAGCGCAUGUGUGAACUAAUGAAACAGCAAGAGACCCACCUCAAGCAACAGUUAGCACUGUAUACAGAGAAGUUUGAGGAGUUUCAAAACACUUUGUCCAAAAGCAAUGAGGUUUUCACCACUUUUAAGCAAGAAAUGGAAAAGAUGACAAAGAAGAUCAAGAAGCUGGAAAAAGAGACAACCAUGUAUAGGUCCCGAUGGGAAAGCAGCAAUAAAGCAUUGCUUGUCAUGGCAGAAGAGAAAACCCUGCGAGACAAAGAGCAAGAGGCUUUGCAAGCCAAAAUCCAGAAACUUGAGAAGCUUUGUCGGGCUUUACAGACAGAGCGCAAUGACUUGAACAAGAAGGUUCAGGACCUGUGUAAAUCUUUAGAGGCCCCUCCAGGCCAGCAUUUCACACAAGAGGAACCCAGCAGCUGUACAGGCCUUCCACUUGGGGAAAAUGUAGGACUAAGUAACAGUGGAGCCUUUGGGCAGCAAGAUGCCCCUUCAUUCCCCGUUCUUCCUAACCCUGCAGCUGAAUGAUUCAGAUGUAGCAGAAUCAAACUGGAUGAAAAUCCUUUCUCCUUUUAUAAUAUCGCUUCCACUUUUAUACCUCCUGUGCACACUCAGACCAUCACCCUUCUCUUACAGUGUAAGGGGUAUUGUGUGUGUGCUGUUCCCACACAGGAUGAAGAAGGAAAUCUAUAUAUUUUUUUUGUUUUGCAGCUUCAUAAAGGUCUAUUCGUUACCUUUGUAUCUUACCAUGUUUUACAGUGCAGAGAAACAUAUACUGCUAAGAUGGGAUGAGCAGAAGUAAACAAAUCUGAAGCGUUGCUACAAAGCUAAAGGAAAAUUACCAUGUUAAGUCAUGUAUGGUAUAUUUACCUUUAAAACAAGGGACCUAGUUUUGCAUACAUACAUAUUAUUCCACCCAGCAACAACUUUAAUAUGUUCAUUCGUUUUUCAGCUGUUGCCUUACUACUUUGUCCAGCAAAUAAGUGGGAGCAUGUUAAAAGGGUAUGUGAUGUAAGAGUGCAGCACAUAUUUAUUCAAAGUAAGCACGCUGACAUCAUGACCUCAUUCUCCCCAGCAGACUGAAUGAUGCUGCUUUUUAUUCAGAAGAUAAUAUUCAUUCUGCUUCAUUCUGAACUGAUAAUAAUUCCCAAUUUGUUUUACAAAUGUAAGCCUGGUACAAUACUGUACACCACUGUAAGUCUACUAUGCAUUAAAUUUCACUAUAGUUUCUGAUUAACCGUUUUGUACUUUACAUCAAUGGUGUACAUGUACAAUAUAGUCUGUAUCUCUUUAAAAAAAAAAUUUUUGUUUCCUUCUGUCCAAAUGGCAGCUGUUAUCAUCAUUUUAUGAUCAAUCACAGUUGCCAUUUUGCUGUAUCAGACUUUCCGCUCUCUCCACUGUGAACCAUUAUCGAUAUCCCUACCCAUUAUACACCUUCUACCAAUUCAUACAUCUCUUCUUUGCUCUUUUUUUUUUGUUUUUUGCAUAGAGGAAAUCAGUACUAAUUUCUUUUUAAUUUCAUUUGGCUAUAAAUAACUUUUUUUUUUUUUUUUUUUUUUUUUUAAGUAAUUCAUCACAUAUACAUAGAUACAUCCAGGGCCGCCAUUAGAAAUAAUGGGGCACUAUGCUGCUUGGUUAAGAAUGCCCACCCUCCUGUGGAUUGUAUUCUAAUAUCCUACUGUCUGCCUGGGCCCCCUGAAUGGUUGGUCAUUAGAGUAGAAUGAGUCCCCAAUAGAGGGGGAAAAAUGCUUGCCUAUAUCGCAGUCUUCACUAUGCCAUCAAUCCACUUAAGCCUUAGCCAAACUCUACCCUGAAACACAACCAUGAAUUCUGAAACCUGCCAAAAUCUGUAGCAAGCCCACUCUCAUGGUGGGACUCUAGGCAGGACCCCUAGCAGGGAAGUGUAUUUGUUUAAAAUUCAGUUUUUUCUUUAGUGUAUUUUUUUAAUUUUUUUUUUUUUAGUAACUUUUUUUUGAUUUUGGGUAUUUGUUAAUGUCCACGUUAAACACUUAAACUGUUGUGUGGAUCAGCUCCAUUUUUUGUGCAAGACUGAUCUUCUGUAGAAGAUUCACACUGAAGCUGUAUUGUUGGUGUGUUGCAUGGCUUUGCACUACAGAAGGGAUUCUUUUAUUAACAUUAUUAUACUGCAACUUGAUUGAAACUCUGCUGAGGCAAGUCAUAGUAAAGCUCCUGGAAUGCAUAUUUCCCUGUAAAAUAUUUCCAGCUAGUCCUUGCUAUUUCUGUUUACUUCCUCUGCAAACUCAUAUGCCUAGACACCUGUAUUUAUUAAAUGAUGGGCCCUCUUAUAGUUUGUUACCUAAAAUUACCAGAGUAUAUGACAACGAUCUCCUCGGGAACUGUUGCAUUAUGCAGAAUAAUUGUUUGUUGGAUGUGCCUUCCAAAGUUUGUACUUGCAACAGCUUGCUCUAUGCAAUGUGUAUACUAGAACACAUUUGCAUGCAUGCUGCUUUUUUUUGUGUGUUAAACCAUAUGAAACGGAGACUAUUUUAUAAGGAGGCUGCAAAAAAUAAAUCUUAUGGCUACUGCCACACACAUAGAUUUUGUCUCAAGUAGGCAGUGGGAGCCAGAGUAAAGGCCUUUUGUGACAGUAGCCUAUGGCUGAGCUCUAAAUUCAGACACUGACAUUCCCUUAACCUUAAAUACCAAAGAGUUUGUCCUGCUCUGUGUGUGUGAUACAGGGAGACUGGAUUAAGUCAGUAUACUCAAUAAGAAAAUAAGGACUUGUUUAAUUAUAUGUACUAGAACCAAUAAAUCCUUAAGACUUGUUUCCCCA